AUGAAGUUAGUUCUUUGCACAUUUAUAUAUAUUUUUUACACAUUAUGGGUAAGGAGCGUCAGUGCCGUGGGGAAGAAUGUUGCUUUAGAUAAGGAGACUGGCAGAUUUAUCGGAGCAUCUUCCUCGCAAGCACAACUUGUACCUAUACCGUAUUCGGGUCAUUCCGGUCACUGUCAUUGUCCUCCUGGACCACCAGGGCCACCUGGGCCAGCAGGACCACCCGGUCAUCCGGGUCAUAAAGGACAUGAUGGUAAACCUGGAAUACCUGGUUUUCCGGGUAAGAAAGGACAUCCCGGUCCCAAAGGCGAUAAAGGUGAUCCCGGUCCAAGAGGUCAUGGGGGACGUGAUGGGUAUCCUGGAUUACCAGGGCCAAUGGGCCCACCUGGACGCCACGGCUAUAGCCAUAGAGGUUAUGAUCAUCACCACCAUGACCGUGGGCCUUCACAGCCAAUUAUAAUACCCGUACCUCCUUCCGACAAUUAUCGUCGACCUUACUAUCCAUAUUACCCACCAUAUACACAAUAUCCUGGUUGGCCAUACUGGAACGCAACUAACUAUAAUAAUAUUGAUAUCGAUAAUAGAAAUGACAACGAUAUUAGAAAUGAUAUUGAUAUUAAUAUUUAUCGACCAGUGAAUACUGGUCGACACUUUACUGAAGAUUUGAAACCAAAUGAAAGUGAAGAAGAAGAAACCUUUAAUGAUGUAAGAGAAACUACAAACAAUUCGCUGGAGGAAGAUGACAGAGAAGGAGGGAAAGGUGCUGAAGAAGAACUAUACGAUGCUGAUUCCAAAUAUGACGAUAGCAACCACGAAGAUGAUGAUCCAAUUGGUCGAUCGACGCAUAGCCAAAUCCCAAUGGAUUUCAAGCAUACUCUUAGAUUAAUUAGACUUUCCCAUUAAAUAAAAUCGUUGUUACUUUUAAAAAUGCUUCUGA